AUGGCACCUCCGCAGAAGCUCUCCUUCACGACGCUCGACGUCUUCACCGAGACGCGCUUCGCCGGCAACCCGCUGGCCGUGGUGCGCGUGCCGGCGGCAGCCCGGGACGGCCUCACGCAGGAGCUCAAGCAGCGCAUCGCGCGCGAGUUCAACCUCAGCGAGACCGUCUUCCUGCACGACGCCGACGACGACGACGAGGCCGCCACGUCGCGCCGCGCCGACAUCUUCACCGUCGACCAGGAGCUGCCGUUCGCCGGCCACCCCACCAUCGGCACCGCCGUGCUCGUCCGCAACAUCCUCCGGUGGGCGCACGUCGACACGCUCGUCACCAAGGCGGGGCCCAUCGGCAUCGCGCCCGAGGAGGCCGACCCGCGGCGCAUCCUCGCGCAGAUCCCGCACGACGUGCACGUCCACACCAAGACGCUGCGCGACGUGCUCGAGGGCGACGGCGCCACGGCGCUCGGCGAGGCGGCGGUGCGCGCCGCCUACAGGGAGCUCUCGGAUGAUGCGGCCACGCGCGAGGCCGAGCUGGCGGCCCCCGCGGUGAGCAUCGUCCGCGGCAUGACGUUCCUGCUCGUCGAGCUGCCGUCCGUGGAGCACCUCGCGCGCGUGAGCGUCAGCAAGCGCCUCGACUUCCGCGACCUGUCCAAGGCGCUGCUGGACGAGGGGCCGUGGCAGGACAGCUUCAUGUCGCGGUACUACUACGUCAAGGAGCCGAACCCCUCGCAGGCUUCUGCCGUGGCGUGGAGCGGCCACACGCGCAUGGUCGAGCUCGACUUUGAGGACCCGGCCACGGGCAGCGCCGCCUGCACGCUGGCGAGCUACCUGACGCUCUCCGGCAAGGCCACCGCCGCUAGCGGCACCAACAAGCUCAAGUUUGACAUUGUGCAGGGCGAGCACAUGGGCAGACGGAGCGACAUUGCCAUUGAGAUCCAUGCAAAGCCGGCGGGCGGCAUCGACAAGCUGUUCCUGGGCGGGACGGCGGUGCCCGUCAUGGAGGGGACCAUUACCGUGUAG